CAACAUUUUGCAGACUGCUCAGGAAAGACUACAUAAAAUUCAGCAACACAGUAAGCAGGAAGCUGAUCGGCUAAAGACAUUAAUGGAACCUACAUCCAAACCUAGUUCUGGAGAAACACUAUAAUUUCAUAACAAGUCCUCAAGCAAUGGAAACACCCAAGUGGAACUUUGAAAGUACAUCAGAUGUUUAUGAACCGGCAGAAGACAGUUUCCUGCUGCUGGAUGCCCUGGAGGAAGACCUUCAUAACAUUCGCGAACUCUGUCCUAACGUCAUUGUGGAGAUCGGAAGUGGUUCUGGUGUUAUAAUCACUGCUUUAGCCAACGCUUUGAGAACCUCUGCCUUCUGCCUCGCCAUCGAUAUAAACAACAGCGCCUGUGCGGUUACAAAGGAAACGUCAACAUUGAAUUCUGUUGAGGUAGACGUGGUGCAAGGAGAUCUGUUAAGCUGUGUCAAGGCGUGUGGUGUGAUUGAUGUGUUGAUAUUCAACCCUCCGUAUGUUGUCACUCCAGAUGACGAGAUAGCAGGCUCUAUCCAGAGAUCUUGGGCAGGUGGAGCUAACGGUAGACUGGUCAUUGACAGAUUGAUUGAACAGAUGAAUCCACACCUUUCUCCAAAAUCGUUUUUUUACCUUGUACUUAUAAAAGAAAAUAAUCCUGAAGAAGUUCUUGUUAAUAUGAUGGAAAAAGGGUUCACUGGAAAACAGCUGAAGUUCCGAAAAGUUAGGGGUGAGCAACUGUCAGUCUUUAGAUUCACAAAGAUAUAAAAUGUGUAAGUGUGAUGUCAAAUUGUAUAUUACUAUUUUUUGUUGGCUUUUUUCGGCUAGCCACAAGUAACUUCUUACGAAAAUGGACUCAAAACCAUGUGAUGUUAAAUUUGUAAUGGUAUAAGUAAACCAAAGAAGUGAGAUUUGGAUAUCUAAAUAUUAGUGCAAUCCUUUUGCUUGGGACUUGCACUACAGUAUUUAUAUAGUGUGAAGUGGUGUAUAUUAUUUUGUUUUGUUAAUUAAUUAUUAAGAUUAAAUUUAUAUUAUGGGA